GUCAAUGUCAGUCAGUCAAUCAUGGUGUUUUAUUGAUUUCGUGGUGUUUUUUGUGAUUUACUUACUGUUUUGCCUUUCCAAUUCCAUUUUAGUUCCUCAGUUCUAAACCGAGUGUCAAGUGUUUUACAAGUAUUUUUAAUGGCUGGAGUUAUGAUGGAAGUUGCGUCUGCAGAGGAGAGCAAGCAGAGGCGUGUCGAGGACAUCCUGAACGGUUUCCAAGUGAAUUGGAUGAACUUGCGUGAUGGAGAUACAGGGAAAAUCCUGUGGCAGUACAACGAGGACUUGUCCAACCCUCAGGUGGAACAUGAAGCAAGGGUCCCCAAGCGGAUCUUGAAGUGCCGGGUGGUAUCAAGGGAGAUGAACUUCAGCUCCACCGAGACAAUGGAAAAGUUCCGUUUGGAACAGAAAAUCCUGUUCAAGGGGCGUUGCCUUGAGGAGUGGUUCUUCGAGUUCGGCUUUGUCAUCGCUAACUCUUGCAACACCUGGCAGUCGGUGAUUGAGUCUGCUCCUGAGUCACAGAUGAUGCCUGCCAACAUCCUCAAUGGCAAUGUCGUCAUCGAAACGAAGUUCUUUGACGGUGACCUGCUGAUCACCACAUCUCGUGUCAGGCUCUUCUACAUCUGAGAAGACAGUUGUCCACGAUACACUCAAUGCAUUUCCUAGUCAUUUAAUUUAUUAGAUUUUCGAACGUGGACAAGUCAAUGUAUCGGUGUUGUGAUAAAUUGAUUUAAAUGUUAACAAACUAAACUAAAAUGUAUUCGGCCUAAUUAGUAAAACUACUCAAGUAUAAUACCUAUGUCAAAUUAAAUUACACUCAAAGUGUAUUUUCCUUGGAGGCUUGAAUUAUUUUUAUAUCACACACAAUGUCCCAAACUUGCUGCUCAAAUAUUGUUAACAUUCCUAUCAAUUUUUAUAUAAAUGUAUUAUGUUGUUAGAUGCACAAAGUGAUUUUAAAUUAAUUUACGUGUGAAGAUUUCUGUAGUUUUAUCCACCGUAUACAGGGUGUCUCAAAAAGUAGUGUAGUGUGCCGAAGCCCAGACGUAGAGCAUCACUAGGGCUUAGCAAAUCACCGUGUCUUUGAUAGUUUACAUUUUUGUUAUGAAUGUAAAUACUUCUGAAUCAUCCAGGCCUAGUAUUCAUCAUCAUUCAAAAAAAUUAGGCAUAUAACUUGACUAUUCGCGCCCCAGUUACCAAAAAAGUGCCUAAAACUAUCAAAAAUCGCGGAACAUACAUGGGGGUGAUUUGGAUAGCCCUAGUGAUGCUCUACCUCUGGGCUUCGGCUUGACACUACUUUUUGGGACACUCUGUAUAUUUAGAAAUCUGUUCUGUCGUAAAAAAGCACUUGCGUUUGUAAUAUCACGAUAUCUGAAACGGUUUUUGGAAUGAUUGAGGAAAUUGAUUGAGGACCGAAACAACAUUAAAUUAAAAGUAAUUAAACAUAAAAAAAUAUCAUUACCUAAUAAAAUUAGGAGUAAAGAUAAAAGAUCUUUUAUUUAGUAAUGUAAUUCAAUGUAGGAUUAAUUCUGAGCUUUUAGUUUAAGUACCUAAAUUAGUAAUUUGUAAAAAGCAGCGUUAGUAAUUCUAAUAAGAAAUCCUAACAUUACGCUUUUGUAUAAAAGCUACAUACAUAAGCUUUGCAUAUGUAUAAACGGCACAUUGAGGUAAUAAAACUUCAGGUACGAUUUUACAACUUAUGAGCCUAGGUGCAGACGGCAAACUUUUUGUCGGCCGAUAGUUUAUUCGGGCAGUUAAUCAGUAUGGGCAUGUAUGGAAGUGCGCACAUCCGAUUCGGUAUCGUCCGAUUCUUCAUUCAAAUAAGAAACGGGCCCAACUAUCGGCCAACUAAAAAUCGGUGGUCUGCGCCUAGGCUAAACGUACACUGUUGUGCGCUGUACUAUAAUGUACAUUAUCGUAAAUAAUAACGCGCAAGUGACCUUAUUGGAUAGAUAAUAAAGAGGUAGUAAAAAUCUGUUUCAGAUAUCUUCAAAAUUGUAUGUACGAAAUGUAAUUUUAAUGAAAACUUUUACACUUCCUAUAAAUCUUAUUAAAUAGUUCUUCAUAAUAUCAGACAUUAUUUUUUAUGAAAUAAUUUUGAUAUUUUAUACCUUUGUAACUCUCUGGAUUUAAUCUUGGUUAUAAUGGGCAUUUUCCAUAUAUUUUAUUAGUGUAUGUUAUGAA